AUCACCAUGUCCGAGAAGCCUAUCAUCCUUUACGCCGCACCCACCGGAAAUGGGGCUAAGGUGCCUAUUUUUCUCGAGGAGCUAAAGGCGGCGUAUGGCACGCCCGACUACGACCUGAAAAUCAUCGAUCUAAAAUCGAAAGAACAAAAACAGCCAUGGUUUAUAGAAGUCAGCCCGAACGGCACCAUCCCCGCCCUGACAGACCGUUCCCGCGGAAACUUCAACGUGUUCGAGACGGGCGCGAUCCUGCUCUACCUCGCGCAUAACUAUGAUAAGGAAGGAAAGUUCUCGUUCAACGAGCAGACGGAGGAAAAGGAACAUAAUGAGAUGCUGCAGUGGAUGUUCUUCGUCCAUAGCUUCGUUGUUCCCAUGAACUCGCAAGUCAUGUUCUGGACGUACUUCGCUGAGCAGGAAAACCCUGUCGCUCGCGAACGCUAUGUGAGCGAGGUAAAGCGCCUCUAUGGAGUGCUCGAUACGCGUCUGAAGGAUCGCGACUACCUCGUCGGGCCUGGGCGCGGAAAGUACACUCUUCUGGACGUGUCGACUUGGUGCACGGUCAACGUAUACGGACGCGCUCAGAUUGCAGCGAACUUGGAUGAGUGGCCUGCUUUGAAAGCGUGGCAUACGACGAUAGCAGCCCGAACCCCUGUGCAGGCUGCCUUGAAGGCCGUAAAGUGGUAAUCAUAGUCGACGCAAAGAGAGCAGGGGUCGUCAAAUGCCUGCAUGAAUACCAAUGUAGCCUGCCACGAAUUCAAUUGUUUGUAUCACGAGUCCAAGGAUAUCCAGCGC